CAAAAAUAAUGUAAAUCAUCAACCACUUCUAUAACAGUAACCCUUUGUUGCAGGUGGACAAGAUCCUUGACACAGAACAAUCUCUGAUGCCCUGACUCCCGUAGCUAUACAGACAUUUUACUCCCGUUGAUAUUGAUUUAUGUUCUCCUACAUACACUUGCGCACACGCUUCCACAACAGCCGUUUCAAAUGAAGACUUCUUUCAGUUUCUUAUUUAUUAUUUUCUUAUUAUAUCAUAAUGAAGCGCAAAAAGUAACGUACACUUUUCCAGAAUUCCAAUACAAAGAAACGAACAAGAAUGAAAUAAUGUUUAGAGAGGUCGAAGCCGCUUGUCAAAGAGGUUGUUUUGGAAGAAGCGGUGUUUCAAAAAUAUUGUGUAUUCGACAGUGCAUUUCCCCGUCUUGUUACAAGGAGCUGUAUUUGGCAGAUUUGUUGGAGGAAGGGGAAGUAGACGUAAGACUCAAUUCUUUCAAAGGAUGUUUUAUUCAACGAUACAACAGAUCUCGCCCAUAACCUGGCUAAACACCAAUAUAUUAAUAUAACAAACAUCUAGAAAUAUUUGUGUUUUACAAUUUAUAUCAAUUCUCGUAGCUGUUAGUUUUUUUUUAUUACAGUUUUAAAUAAAGAUUGAAUUUUUUGGAUGACUUUUAUUUUUAAGUAAACCUCGAAUUGAAGAAUUUAAAUAGAUAGUGUAUAAUGGAAAAACGUACUUUAUCGUCCAAAAUAUCGAGAGUUUUGAGUUGUGAAAAUAUCAUCUGCUUUUUGAUGAAGAUAUUUUGGACCAUUCGGUACCUAUGUAAAAAUUAGUAAUGGGUCUUUUUUGGACAUUUCCAAUGGACAUGUCAGAAACUGCUGCUUGAUAUCCCCUGGGCAUAAAAGGCCCAUAGUUAAAUGUUUUUCCAUUUUAAAAAAUAUGGUAACACUAGUAGUAAGUCGCAUUUGUAUUUUCGUUUUUUAAACAAAUCAUUAUUUGUAAAAUACUUCUAAACUUUUAAUUUUUUUAACCAUUUUUUCACGUUUCUGUUUUUAUAAGAGAAUACGAAAAUUAAAGAUCUCAAACAUGGAUUCUGUAUCUGAAACACGGAUCAGAAAACCAUUAAAACAUAAUAUGUAGUCAUUUGUUUCUUUUUUUUUUAACUAUAUUUUACCUUUGUAAAAAAUUCAGCCCAAUUAUUUAAUUUCGCGCUUGACACUUUUCCACUUUUGAAAAGUUUGUUUGGAUAUGUCCACUGCAUAUUUCCGAGCGACCCAUCACUAAAAGUCCCUCUUUUGAAUAACAUAAUUUAUCUACAAAAUGGCAACAUUGUUUCAAUUUACAAAAAACAGUUGAGGUAGGUAAAAGAGUAUAUAUUAUACAGGGUGGAAGGGCUUAGAUUUAACAAAUUUUAAUGUGUGAUAGCUGAUAUUAAAUGUAACAAAAAUAUCUUAUACAACAAGAACCUUCGAGAAAAAAUAUGUAUAACAUAUUACCUAUUGGGCUUAAAAAUAUAAACAUUGUAUUUUGUUUCUGCCAAAAUAAAUCGCCAUUGAACUAUCGCUAUUAACGUGUUUAAAAUCCAUGGAGUUUACUACUCGUUUUUUCUCGUAAACUUUUGAAAAUUGGAUAGUCAUCACACUAAAAUUUCAUCAACCCGUACAGCCUGUAUAAAAAUAUAUAAAUACAAUUAAGAUAUAUUUAUUCCAAGGUUUGAUGCCCAACAAACCAGUAGAUAGAUAAAAAGCUCAUAAAAUAACAAAAAUAUAUUAUGUGGGACAUUUAAUUUGACUUAUGUAUUUAUUUAAAAUUACUAGUACUUUCCUUGAUAUUUAAAUUAGUUAGGUAUAAAAAUAAGUUGAUUUUACUAAAUUAAAAAUAUGGCAAUAGGAAAUAAUAUAAACUUUUAAACUAUAGGUAUAAUACAGGGUGGCUCACGCUCAACGGGACGGAACUUUAUGGGAAAACGACCAAAGAUAUAAAAAAUUCGUUUGGGAGGAAUACGUAGGUUACAGACGGCUACAAUUUAAAAUUUGUUAGAUGUAUACAGGA